AAUAAUUAAAGUGAAUUUUAGUGCCUUACAAUUUAUCAUGAGAUAAAGUAAAAUAUUAUUUCAAAAAAUAAAAGAUAUAAGAAAAGAAAAAAAAAAUAAUGCAUUUGUGAGAAUAUAAACAACACAUAGAAGUUGGAUAAUAAUAAAAAUAGCCCAUAAAAUAAAUUUGGGAAUUUUUUUAAGUGAAAAUUAUUUUUUUAAAAAAAAUAAGGAAUAGAGAUUAAACGGGAUUUUAAUUGAGCGAUAUCGAUCAGAUACAGUCAAAUCCAUCAACAAGCAACAGCGAUAUUGCACAGAUAAAUCUAUAAAUAGGCACAAAUUAAUGAUAUAUUUAUGAGGAACUCGCAGAGGAAAUAGAGAAAGGGUGACAAAACAGCAAUAACAUAAGUUAUAUUUUUGGAAGUAAUUCAUCUCGUGCCGGAAGGAGUUCUAAUUCGAGACAUAAAACAGAAAUCGUUGCAUAUAUUGAGUUAUAAGGACAGUGUAUGUAUAAGAACUGAGAAGAUACAAGAUCAUAAAAAUGGAAAAAUCUGCAACAACAUUAAUACUGACAUUUGUCGCACUCAUGUUAUGUCUCACAUCGAGAGAAUGCCAUGCAUGGACUUUUUCAGUCACUCCAAAUCGGGUCAUAAAUUAUGAAUCGAAUAGCCCAACAUUUCAUAGCAAUGGAAGUUACUUCAAACUUUUAUAUAUGGAUGAUAAAUCUGUUUUGAUAGGAGCAAGAAAUAACGUGUACAAUUUGACUAUAACAAGAUUAGCAGAAAAUGUUAAAAAUCGCAUUGAAUGGCCAUCGUCGGAAGCCCAUAAAGAGAUGUGUAUGUUGAAGGGAAAGAACGUAAGCGAUUGUCAGAACUAUAUUAGAGUCUAUGCACAUGUUUCGGAUGAGCAAAUUGUGCUAUGCGGCACAAAUAGCUUUAAGCCUGCCUGCCGCUACUACAAAGUCAAUCCAAUUAGUGGAAGUGAUUCUGCCGUGCAUGAAAAGAUUAAGGAAUUCGAAGGCGAAGCUAUAAGUCCAUAUUCACCAAAUCAAAACAAUACGUAUAUUUAUACAAGUGAUAUGAAUGAGCUGUAUACAGCUACAACUGCUGGUUUUGCCGGUUCACAACAGCUGAUUUAUCGACAGCCCCUGCUUAAUGCAACAUCUGACACAUUUACAGGAAUUGCGCCACAAACCCUCCGAACAGAUUCACGCUUUGACUACGUACUCAAUAAAGCUUCAUUUGUUAAUGCUGCCGAGUAUAAUGGCUACAUUUUAUUCUUUUUCCGUGAACAAGCGAUCGAGAAUCAAAAUUGUGGUGGCAAGUCGGUGUACUCACGUGUCGCAAGAGUAUGCAAAAAUGACAAGGGCGGUGCUCAUUCAUUCAAUGAUCGAUUUUCUUCAUUCAUUAAAACUCGUCUGAAUUGUUCAAUGCCCGGCGAUUAUCCAUUUUAUUUCGACGAGAUUCAAGCUACGAGUGAUGUUGUUGAUGGAAUUUACGGCAAUGAUCGCGAUGCGUUGGUGUAUACAGUCAUGACAACAAACGACAAUGCAAUUGAUGGCUCAGCAAUUUGUGUCUAUUCAAUGAACUCAAUUUUGGCAGCAUUUGAAGGUAGAUUUAAGGGUCAACGUGACAUGAGCUCUGUAUGGCGAUCAGUUGAUGACUCAGAUGUUCCAACUCAACGACCAGGCAAAUGUGUUGAUGACUCACGAACAUUACCUAUGUCAACAGUCAAUUUCAUUCUUAAACAUCCAUUAAUGGACGGUGCAAUUAAUCCAAUUCAUGAAUCACCGUUAUUAGUACAUACUGGAUCAAAUUAUAAAUUUACUACAAUUGCUGUAGAUCCACAGAUUGAGACUGCAUCGGGAAAAAUCUAUGAUGUUGUCUUUGUUGGAACUGAUAAUGGACAAAUCUUAAAAAUGAUAAAUACUGGCGAUGCAAUCGAUGAAAAUAGGCCAAUUGUGGUUAGUGAGCAGCAAGUCUUACCACUUGGCACAAGAAUCAAGGAAAUAAAAAUCUCACAAGCUACACAAACUUUAAUUGUCGUAUCGGAUGAAUUUGUAAAGACAAUUCCAUUGCAUAGAUGUGCAGAACUUAAUCAAUGCUCUCAAUGCAUUGGCAGUCGUGAUCCAUAUUGUGUAUGGGACAAUAUCAACCGCGAAUGUAUAUUCUACAAUAAGACCGUGAUGAAUAAAAAUACGCAAUUGUAUAUGGAAAGUAUUGAUGGUAAAAAUGAUAAUGUUUGUGGAGAACAAAUCGUACCAAGCAUUAUACAGCAGCAACAGCAAAAUCAAAAGAGCAUGACGAUGAAUAAUAACAUUAAUAGCAACAUAAAUAUCAACAGUAAUGCUAUCAACAAUAAUAAUCCACAAACUCAUGGAACAAUAAUGGGAAAGGGUCAAUCACCGACUGAUAGUGAAAACAAAGAAGAAGAGGAGAUUAGAAAGCACAAAUAUCAUCAUAUACCAGUCGUUCAAGCUCCUGCUCAUCAAGGCACGGAAUUCUAUGAGCCACAAAUUCAAACGUCAAGUGCAUCAAUAAUCGUCCUUUUCAUUAUUGCAGCCUUAAUUCUCGGUGUCAUAAUUGGCUUCGCAAUCUCAAAAUGUGCAAAUCGUCAACCACGAAAUGCCUUUCCAUUUGGAACUACUCCCGAUAGUCACAGAAAUCAUUUAGGUUGGCCAGUGCCUACAAAGCAAUUACUUUCAUUGCCAACAAUGAAUAAUGGUGGAAAGGAUAUAAAUCUAUUAAUGAACGCAAAUGCGACGACUAUCAAUAAAGAUAGUAAGAAGGAUAAUUUAGAGUUAGAAUUUUCAUUAGGAAAUAAGGAUAGGCUUAAUGAGUGUAAGAAUUCAAAUGAGAGUCUUGACAAAGAGACGUGCAAGUCAGCUGUAAUAUCAACGACGGGUGGAACACUGCAGAAAGUCAAAAAGACGUACAUUUGAGUCAACCUUAAUAUAAACAUAAAAAAGUGAGGAAUUUUAAUCCAUUAUAAAAUUUGUUAUGAAGCUUUAA